UUUUUCAUGGGUUUGCAGUAUCCACAAACACCAUUUCAUCCAAUCACAGUCUUCCACCUUCAUCGCCUCCCCUGUUUUUCUCUCUCCUCCUCUGCCCUGUAGAUCUCUCUCUCCCCCCAAGGAUUUCAGCUGAUUAAGUUUUAGAUUCACCCGUUGAAGCUCGCUUUCUUGCUUUUCGGCACAGGGUCUUUUACUGGGUACUUAAACUUUUUCUUUCUUCUUAGCUUCUCUGGCCUACAGAAGGCAGCAGAGAGAAGGGGAGAAAACCGCAAAAUCCCCAUUUAUUCGCUGCUCCAAUUUCCUCAGAAGUCUGUCUGUCGUUUAUGAUUUCACACCUGGGUUCCAUUUUUAGCUUUCUCUGUUCCGUCUUCUGCCAUGAAUUCUAAGUGCUCUCGCUAAUUGGGUUAUCGAGAAAAAGGCUGAAGUUGCAGUAACAACUGCUGAUUCUCACUCAUGAGCUUUUCUCUCUCAAGAUUCCAGAUAAUUUCUGCUUCAUCUCCUUGCAAAUUUUUCUGGGUCCGCGUUCUUUUUUCAUGGUUCCAGAUCUCUGGGACUCGAGGGUUUUACCAGAGAGCAGCUAGAUUUUUUUUCUCUCUCUAAUUUCUCAUUUGGGGAGAUUUCUUUGAUUUUUGGGGAAGUGGGUCUUUUCUAGAUUCCUCAUGGCAUGCCCAUAUACCCAAAAAGAGGGGAUUCUCCUAUUCGGAUUCCCUGGAAAUGCUUCUUGAUUUAACCCUCCACCUCCUGUAUUCCCACUUGGGUUCUUCCUCUCUAGCUCUGUAUCUUCUGUGUUUUACCAAAUUCAAAACACUGAACUCUUAUCUUUCAUAAGAAGAGACCUAAUAAUCAGACCAAGAAAUCUUUAGUUCUUCCAAGCCCCGAGGCUUGGGUUCCUUAAAUUUUGCGUGUUGAGUCUCUGAUGAAGUUGGGGAUGGAAAUUCUCUCGCCCUCCUUUGUCUCAAACCCCAGCUACAUGCUUGAAGAGAGCAAGAGCACAAAAUGGACAAUAGCAGAGAACAAAAUGUUUGAGAAUGCUCUUGCAGUGUUCGAUAAGGACACGCCGGAUCGGUGGCACAAGGUGGCGGCAAUGGUGCCGGGGAAGACUGUGGGAGAUGUGAUCAGGCAGUACAAGGUAUUGGAAGAUGAUGUUAGUAAUAUAGAAGCAGGGCUGGUGCCGAUUCCUAGUUAUAGUGCUUCCCCCUUCACAUUAGAGCUUGUGAACAAUAAUGGCUUUGAGGGUUUAAAACAUGGCUAUGGACCUUGUGGGAAGAGGUCUUCUUCAACAAGGCCUGAUCAGGAAAGGAAGAAAGGAGUUCCAUGGACAGAAGAUGAGCAUAGGCUGUUUCUGAUGGGUCUGAAGAAAUAUGGCAAAGGAGACUGGAGAAACAUCUCUCGCAACUUUGUGAUCACGAGAACGCCAACUCAAGUGGCUAGCCAUGCACAGAAGUACUUCAUCCGGCAGCUUUCAGGAGGGAAGGAUAAGAGGAGAGCCAGCAUCCACGAUAUCACCACGGUCAAUCUCCCCGAAACUCGAACUAGUUCCCCAGACAAUAAAAGAUCUAGCACUUCACCGGAGCAGCCCACUGCGCUUCCUCAACAGCCAAAUUCAGUUGCCAUGCCCAGGACUACUUCGCUUCAGUGGAAUCAGCCCACCAGUGGAGCUGCCAUCGCUUUCAACCCGACACAUGGAAAUAUGUUCAUGUCUCCCCCAUAUGGGAUAAACUCAUUUGAACUCAAAAUGCAGGGGCAGAACCUGCACAGAGGUUCUGUUCAUCAGUCUUACAUAGAGCCUCAAAGCAUGGUUUUCCAGUUGCAAUCUGCACAGCAUUACCCGCACGUAUGAGAAGGCAGCCAUUAGGACUUCUCGAAACCCCACAUCUUUCGUGUUGGUUCGGUAGAGUCGCAGUGUCCUUUUUGUGGGUUUUAUGUGAAUAUGUUAUUCAGGACUCCGAUUUAAUCCCUAGUAUAUGAGCUCUUGAGGAGGAUAGGAUCCUGCUUUGCAUAUUCUGAAAUCUGAAAUGAGAAGGGGAUAUCAACUACUAGACUUUGGGGUUUCUUUGUAAUUAAGAUCUUAGUGUUUCUAUAGGAGUUGAGAGGAUUUCAUCUGUUCUUCUUGUAGUUUAUACUUGGCAGCCCAUCUUUGAUACCUCAAGAACUCUUCUUCCUGGAAGUCAAACCGAAAUUAGAAAUGCAGAAGAAUGAUUGUCCAUCAGUUAUGGAAAUCCAACUUUGCAUGGAGGAUCUUUUGCAGGCAUUGGCUAGAUAAGCUUCUUCAAUCAUGAGCUAAAAAACUUAAACCUGUUCUGUUGCCAUAUUGUUCAGUGAUAUAUUUGUGAAACAUCAGCCGUAAUGUUUGAUAUUGAGUAUGCAUUUUCUUGCAA